GCAAGUUGUUGAUGUUUACACUUUAUUGACAAGAUGGCUGCUCAGAGACCCGAACAUGUGGCUCCACCAGAAAUUUUUUAUUCUGAAGAAGAAGCCAUGAAAUAUACCUCUAAUUCACGAAUGAUUGAAAUUCAAGUUCAGAUGUCUGAAAGAGCUAUAGAGCUUCUUGCAUUACCUGAUGAUGAAUCUUGUUUAAUUUUGGAUAUAGGAUGUGGUUCAGGAUUAAGUGGACAAGCUUUGGAAGAACAAGGUCAUCAUUGGAUUGGUGUCGACAUAAGUCAAGCCAUGUUAUCUGUUGCAAAAGAAAGGGAAGUAGAGGGAGAUGUUUUGUUGGGAGACAUGGGACAAGGCAUGUGUUUCCGUGCAGGAACAUUUGAUGGAGCUAUUAGUAUUUCAGCUCUGCAGUGGCUUUGUAAUGCUGAUAAAAAAGCACACAAACCUGCAAAGAGACUUCAUACUUUCUUUUCUACAUUGUAUGGUUGUUUGAGUAGAGGAAGUCGUGCAGUUUUUCAGUUUUAUCCUGAAAAUAGUGAACAGAUUGAACUGGUUACACAUCAAGCUAUGAGAGCAGGAUUUGGUGGUGGUCUUGUUGUGGAUUAUCCAAACAGCACAAAAGCAAAAAAGUAUUUCCUUGUUCUAAUGACUGGAGGUCCACAGAAGUUACCAGCUGCUUUAGGAGUUGAAGAAGAACCCGAGCAGCAUGCAAAAUAUACAAAGGCUAGCCGAAAAGUUCCACAUGGAAAAGGAGUAAAAAGCAGAAGAGAAUGGAUUUUGGAAAAGAAAGAAAGGAGGAGACGACAAGGAAAAGAGGUUCGUGAGAAUUCAAAGUAUACUGCAAGAAAGAGAAGUGGAAGAUUUUAAUGUGAUAUCCUUAAAAUGUGUAAAUAAAUAUUUAUUAAACAAUG